AUGACCCCGAUGACUUCGACUUUCAUCCUGCCGCGCCGGACGCACGCGCUAGGAGCAUGUCGCACCUGCAGACGUAGGCAUGUCAAGUGCGACCAAAAGCGGCCUUCAUGUCGUACAUGUCGAUCGCUGKGUGUCACAUGCGAGCGUCCUCCAAGCAAGGUACGAUGGAUGCACAAUCCCCAUACUGGCGAUAGUGCAGAGGACCAACGCGAAACCCGUCGGCAUCUUUACACAGAGCAAUCUAGGUUGUCCAUGACAUCCUCGUUACGCUCCCGACUGGUCUCAGGCUCAAUCAAUGCGUCGUUAGCUGAGAUUGACCUCCGAACCAGAGACAUUGACAACCCUCCCACAGGCGACAUCAUCGUCGGUCCGUUUGCAGUUUUAGGACUGCCUACACCUGAGUCCCAGAGGGGAGAUAACGUGGUAGAGCAGCAGCAGACCGAGCAAGAUGCACUGGAUUCCACUUCAGUCGUGUCAGAGGCUCACAUCGCCGAGCCGAUCAGCCCGCCAAUGAUCGAGGAUAGUUCAGACGCUAUCGCCCAGCAGACGACAUUCGCUCAAACAUCUUUCUUUUCGGACUCUGUAUGUCAUUUUGACGAUUUCCUCCACUGGUCGGAUCUGCUUGGUUGCAGUCCAGAUGCUCUUGAUUGGAACCCUGCGCCGUUGUCAAGCGACAUAAAUCUAGCGACGAACUUAGCCGCGCUCGGCUCCGAUUUCGAGAUAGAUCCUAUGCCUUUCAACAGAGCAGCAAAUGUCGGGUCAUUCUCAGACGCCCCAGAUGGGGACGGGUCGUUGCAGAUGAUAGCACCGACAGAGAUGGCCUCCACCUUGCUACAUGCCGCUUCAUUGACAGAGGCCCCCUUCCUCUUCAAACAUUUCCAUGAUAACGUGAUUCCACAAACGAUGCCUAUGCCUCUCGGCAAGAAGUCUCCAUGGAAAAUUCUGAAUGUACCAGCCGCAAUGGUUACUUACAGUGACCUGACGAUACUUGGUUCCCGGAAUGUCAACCAUGCGCGUCAGGCUAAUCUCUAUGGUUUGUUGGCCUGUUCUGCAGUCCACUUAUCAAUGUAUCCAAGCGCAUCCUCAUCCGACACGGCCCAACAUUGGCAAGAAACAGCUGAAAAUAUGUUUGAGCUUGCAAGAGAAAAUAUGCAGAUGUCAAUCAAGUAUGAAACUCAAGAGCCGAAGAGAGCCAAGUACAAGGACCAACUAAUGGCCAUAUGUUGCUUGACUGAAUACGCGCACUAUGCUCGUGGGUUCCUUAUCCAGGCUGAGUAUAUUCUACGCAUGCGGGGUUUGCCGAAACGACGGAUCUCGCCAAAGGCGCGUCUCCUCCACCAUGUUUAUACGUGGCUGCGACUUGUAGGCGAGAGUACAUACGUUCUUCAUGACUAUCAACCCUCGGCCUCCUUUAUUGAGGCCCUUGAUUGCGACUUUCGCUCUCGUCAGCCUGAUCCACAUAACCAGAUCAGAAGCGAAGCACAUCAAAAGGUCCCGCAGCUCGACGACUUUCUGCGACUCGAAGCACACCAUUCGGACAGUGACCUGAACAUUGACGAUCCCAAAGAUCAGGAGACCGGUUUGCAUGAUAUUCAUCUGCAGGACUCACGCAACUUUUCGGAUACACUAUACAAGCAGAUUUACGGCAUCCCCGAGACUUGGCUUACCCUCGUAUCCCAGACUACGAGGCUCGCCAACGUUAUGGAGACGUUUCGAAUUGCCCGUCAAUUACAAAAGAAGGCUUCCCUCGAGGCAUGGGAAACACUCCACCGCCGCAGCGAGCACUUGGAAAAUAUGAUCUGCUCAUUUGCGUUGCGACACGACCGCCGGAUACGGCCCAAACACUCGGACUCAUCCAAACCCCAUGAGCCCAUGUUGCGAGCAUUGAACAGCGCUCUGCUGAUUUUCUUUUACCGGCGGGUUCGACAAGUCCAUCCUGCUGUUCUAGAUGGUUAUGUGGAGAAUGUUAUUACGGCUCUGGUUGACUUCCAGAAAGCUGUACCGGCAGAGCAUCCCAUGAGCCCUGCAACGGCUUGGCCAAUGUUUAUUGCCGGGUGUGAGGCGCUUACAGCCUCUAAGCGGGACGCUGUCCUUCAAUUCUUCAACAGGGCCGAGUCCAUCUGUCGAUUUCCCAUAUUCAAAACAGCCAGGGAAAUUCUGACAUCCGUGUGGAACCAGCAGGACCAGCAUUUGGAGACGAAUAGACGAGACCCGAUGCCAACGUGGAUUGACGUUGUCAGAAGAGAGCAAAUAUGGCCCAUCUUUUGCUGA